CUCACCUACCGAGCCGCUCUGCACGGUAUAUAUCGACCUCCAAAUCCUCGGCUUCUUCGCCGCUCUCUUUGUUUCGUUGGGAUCCAAGAAAGAGAGCAAGAGAGAGAUGGGGAGCGAUGCGAAGGUGUACACGCUGGAGGAUGUCUCGAAGCACAAUUCCAACGAGGACUGUUGGCUUAUCAUCGGCGGCAAGGUUUACAAUGUAACAAAAUUCUUAGAAGAUCACCCUGGGGGAGAUGAGGUUUUGCUGUCAGCAACUGGGAAGGAUGCCACAGACGAUUUCGAGGAUGUGGGCCACAGUACCACUGCAAGGGCAAUGAUGGAUGAGUACUAUGUUGGGGAGAUAGAUGCAACGACGAUUCCCACCAAAGUCAAUUAUACCGCUCCCAAGCAACCUCACUACAACCAGGACAAGACCUCUGACUUCAUCAUUAAGCUACUCCAGUUUUUGGUUCCCUUAGCUAUCUUGGGGUUGGCUGUUGCCAUCAGAAUCUACACAAAAUCAGCCUAGAUAUGAUGCCAAAUUAAAUAACUUAGUGAUAAGUUGGUAUUUGUAGUGUCUUACAUUUCUGCAACUUCAAUAGUGUCUGGUAACUCUGCUUGUAUCUCAUUUCUGGGGUUACUUAUUUUCAUCUGUUAUUCCUGUGAUACUGGAGCAUAUUCUCUUCUCCAUGCUUAAAUUCGUCUGAACAUUUUCAGUUAUUUCUAUUGGCUGAACAUUUUCAGUUAUUGCCUUUUUGAAA